UGGCAAACUCUUUCCUUCCCUGAAGAAAGGGAAGAAGAAGAGGGCUCAGAUCUCUUCCCUCCAAUCCAUCCAUCAACCCACCCCCAGCGAUCCGUCUACCUCGCCAGGAUCCUCGUCGACGUCGAUCCCUGCUCCGGAAGAGCACGCGGGUCUUCUCCGCCCCGCUUCUUCCCCCGCCCAGCCAAAUCUCGCCGGGAAGAACCGAGAUUUGCCCCGGCGGCGGCGGGCGGCAUUCGCCAAUGCGGGCCUGUUUCCCGUGAGGCAUCUCCGGCUGGGACGGCGGGGGUCGGGAUCUUCCUUCCGAUCGUGCGCGGUCCGGUGUUCCUGGAGGAGCGCUAGAUUGGGCGUGAAUCUCCAUUUUCCCCCUAAUCUCGGCGUCGGCGGACGGAAGGAUUUCUUUGCCGCCGCCUUCCAAUCCGUCGAUCCGCCUCGGGCGGGCGCGCCGGGGACCAUGGUGAACUCCAACUACUCCGCGCUACCGCUGACCUCCACGGCCAUCGAGCUGCAGUCCGCCCAGCCGCCUCCGCCGCCCAAAUCUGGUGCCUCCGCCAAGCUCACCAAGCAGGACUCGUUCCUCGGCGAGGUCGAGGACGACGAUGCCGCCACCCCCGGCGAGCACGACGAGCUACCGCUCAUCGGCGACGACGGCCCGGCGGGUCCCCCUGAAGGCUCGGGCGUCUCCGGCGCGGUGUUCAACCUCGCGACCUCCAUCAUCGGGGCGGGCAUCAUGGCGCUGCCGGCGACCAUGAAGGUGCUCGGCGUGGCCGUCGGCCUCGUCUCCAUCCUCGUCAUGGGGGUGCUCUCCGAGGUCACCAUCGAGCUGCUCGUCCGGUUCGCGGUGCGCUGCCGCGCGCUCUCCUACGGGGAGCUCGUGCACCGGGCCCUCGGCCGCCCCGCCAGCGUCGUCGCGCAGCUCUGCAUCGUCGUCAACAACGCCGGCAUCCUCGUCGUCUACCUCAUCAUCAUCGGGGACGUCAUGUCCGGGUCCCUCAAGCACAUGGGCGUCAUGGACCAGCUCGUCGGCCACGGCGAGUGGGACAACCGCAGGCUGCUCAUCCUGUUUGUCCUUGUGGUGUUCCUCGCCCCGCUGUGCGCGCUCGAGAAGAUUGACUCGCUGAGCCUGUCGUCUGCCGCAUCGGUCGGGCUCGCCGUUGUUUUUGUGGCCGUCUCGUGCAUGAUCGCGGCGGUGAAGCUAGUUGAGGGCAAGCUCGCCGCGCCGAGGAUGGGGCCUGAUUUCAGCUCGAAGGCGGCAAUUCUGGACCUGCUGGUGGUGAUACCCAUCAUGACCAACGCCUACAUCUGCCAUUUCAAUGUGCAGCCCAUCUACAACGAGCUCAAGGAGAAGACGCCUCAGAACAUGUACAAUAUCAGCCGGAUCUCCACCGUGCUCUGCGUAGUCGUGUACGCCCUGACCGCCAUCUCCGGGUACCUCCUGUUCGGCGACGACACCGAGUCCGAUGUCCUCACCAACUUCGACAAGGACCUUGGGAUCAAGUUCAGCACGGUGCUCAACUACAUUGUGAGGAUCGGGUACAUCGUCCACCUGGUCCUCGUCUUCCCGGUGGUCCACUUCUCGCUGAGGCAGACGGUGGACUCGCUGGUCUUCGGUGAGCUCGCGCCCCACAGCAGGAAGAGGAUGCUCUCCCUGACGGUGGUGCUGCUGGCCCUCAUCUACCUCGGCUCGACCAUGAUACCCAACAUCUGGAUGGCCUUCAAGUUCACCGGCGCGACGACGGGGCUGGCAUUGGGUUUCAUGUUCCCGGCCCUCGUGGCGCUGAGGCUGGACAAGGAAGGGGAGUGCCUGGGCCGCGGAGAGAGGCUCCUGUCGGUCGGAAUGCUGGGGCUGGCCAUCGUCGUCAGCGUCGUCGGGGUUGUCGGAAACGUGUACAGCCUGAGGAGCAAGUCUGAGUGAGUGAUGGAUCAUCAAGAAGAGCUAUAUUUGUAGGGCUUAUUAUACACAGGCUGAAUUACCACUGCCAGAAUACACUAGUUAGCAGGUACACCAGUUCCAGCUGAGCUGCUGAGCAAAGCUCAUACUACACAUUUUGUUCACCUACAGGCUAAAGAGUUGUUUCAUGGGUGCUGGCUGAUAUGUUGUUGGUGGGCAUUCUUGUACUUUUGGACCAGAUUCUUUGAUGUAUUUUUUGUUCUUCUGCUUAUUCUUAGAUAUAUA